CCCUAAUAUCUGGAAAAGAUAACUAAACUAACAGUAGGUAUAUAGAUUAUAUAGAUAUAACGGUAUCAUCAGCUUAACCAGCUAACAAUUGGUCAGAAAGUCAUUAUAUUGAGUAAAUUACGUAGGUGCACAAUGAGAUAAAUCUCAUGAAAAUAAAAUUAAUUUUGCCAACAGUACCACUACAAAGAGCGUGUAUUACGUGUUUCCUCUUUGUCUCUAAACCAAUCCUACUUGACCUCGGGACGUUCAUUACGCACUAGUUCUUCCUAAAAAUUGUUCGAGUAGUGCAAAACUAAAGGGGUCAAGUGUAACUGGACGUUUCUGAUGAUUCUCUUGAUUCAACGCGUAAGAAUUAUGCCAAUAUAAAUCUUAUUAUUUACGCACAAGAAUGCAUUACCUAUUGUUUUUUGCUCUUUAAGUUUGCGAGCGUAUGUUUUGGAUAAUUUCGCUCCAUUCCGAAUCGGCCGCGCCGGCGGUUGGACAUUGAAUAUGUUAUAUUGCGAUAUCAUUUAAUAAAUAUAUAUGCGCACGUGAGAACCGUUGUGUUUUGAUUGUGAUAACGGUGUGUACAAAUAGUACAGAUAGGGCUCUGUUGAAACGGCAGACACGUUUAUACGACGUAACGGAAGACAUGAUUAGAACAUAUACAAUUAUUUAGGCUGUUAACAGCUUAAGCGUGGACGUGUGUUUAACAAGAAAACAACACAAAAGCAUUAUCAAAGUGUGUCUCAUAAAGAAAAUAAAUAACGGCGGCGUUAAGUGUUUUAAAAAAUUGGUGAUUAGUUAAAAUGGAGAUAUCAACGGCAAAAAUUAUAGCCGCAUUGGCGUUGGGCAUUGGAUCCUUCUUCACAGGAAUGAUACCAGCUGGAAUAUCGGAAAGUACAAGACAAAGACAUCCUUUGACCAUCUCCUGCCUACUCUGCUUCGGUGCCGGCGUUCUUCUAGCGACAUCUCUAGUGCACAUGCUACCAGAAGCAAGGGAGGAUCUUCCACAGUUUUCGGAACUUCUCCUUUGUGUUGGAUUCUUCAUAGUUUACUGUGUAGAUGAAAUAGUACAUAUUUUCUACGGGAAUGGAGACAGGCCUGGACACCAAAGACAGAGUUACGGGACUGAGCAAACGAGUUUGUUGCGGCAUCAUGACGAUUUGAGAGGGGUUGAUGGAGAGAUGGAUCCUAGGAGGUGUUGUGGUGACACAGAAAAUCCGAGAAUGUGUCAUGUCAGUCACACUGAACCCUGUAAUAAGACCUCUUCGGGAUUUGUUGGGCUGUUGUGCGCGUUGUUUGUGCAUAGUUUACUAGAAGGGCUGGCAAUAGGCUUGCAAAAAAGUUCAGCACAGGUGCUGCUACUUCUUGGCGCAGUGGCCUCCCACAAGUUUGUAGUUGGGUUCUGUCUGGGCGCCGAGCUGUGCGCGGCUGGCCGUGCGCUGUGCGCCCAUGUGGCUUGGGUGGCACUGUUUGCGGGUGGAUCUGUGGCCGGCAUAGCCCUCGGUGCGGGGCUUGAGGCUGUACAGAGUAUUCAAGACUCUGUAGCUGUGCCUAUUAUGCAGGCAUUAGCGGCGGGUACUCUUCUCUACGUGACAGUCAGCGAAGUGUUGCCUCGCGAACGAGCUCGUUUCCACGAGCAGAAGCGCUGGAGCGGGAUGGCGCAGUUGGCAGCUGUAUUGGCCGGCUUCGCGGGAAUGUAUCUCAGCACGAGAUACCUGGACCAUGACUGAGCUUAGUGGAUCUAAGUUAAAUUAUUCAAAAUUAGUUAAGUCUUAGACUCACAGUGUUUUUAUUACAUAAUAAUGUAGAUCUCUGUGUAUUUGUAAGUAAAAUAAAAAUUGUUAAGGUAGGAUUACAAUGACGCAUUUUUUUGUAAGUAAGUUUACUAAUAAGUUACUUAAUAAUUAUCUUAAUUUGGAUUUGCACUAUUACCAGUUAGGUACAAAAAAUAAAACAAUUUCUCUGUUUCA